UGUGUCUUUGUAGGUAGUCUGUGUCUCUUUGUAGUUGCUUUAUUUACUUUACAAAACAAGAAAUAUUAACAGUCCCUUCAAACAAAGAAUAGAGCAACUAGUGUCACUGGUUUAAAGUUGUCUGUUUCUAUGCUCCUUCCCAACACAAUCAGUAAAAAGCACGUGACUGAAAAAUGAUUCCAGACUGCUUGAUCGGAGUUGCGUUGCCAAGAAACACCAUCAGUCCAAAAAACUUUUGAUCAUAAUAUGAAAACUUUAAUCGUAAAUGAAGUUUUUAACAUGUAUAGUAUCUGUGUGCGUGUGGACUUUUACGGAGCAUCUGUAUGUCCAGUCACGUGUUCAGGAUGCAACUGUCAGUAUGGAUCCAGCUGUCCUAUAUAUACACAGCAGCACACAAAGUUCCUGUUACGGUACACAGAGUCUGGCUGAUCACUUGAUUCAGGCAGACAGCCAUCACUUUUCCGCUGAAACAUUCUCAGCUUGGCUGUCUUGUCUGAAGACUCCACUGACUAUCUUUGGGUUAAAUACACCGAGGAAUCAUGCUUCCUGAGCUAAUUGUUGACAAACUACGGGCGGUCUGCUGGGUAAUUUUUCAGGGGAUUUAUGAUCCUUGUAGCCCUGCCCUAACCCAUUAUUAUGUUAUUUUCUUUACUUUCGGGAUUCGGAUAAGACGCACAUUAGUGAGUCUUUGAGGCAUCAUUUGACCAUUUGACCUCUCAGAGCCAGCCCUUUGGACAUGUAUGUAUGUAUGGAAAUCUUCUAUAGAAUUUCAUUUAAACAUCCAGGGAAAUGCCACUUUCAAUGCAGGGCCAAAUUAUAAAGAAAUAUGCUGGUUUUGUUGCAAAAAUGCUUGACUCUUUUGUUUCACCACAAUUCCUGACGCUUGAUUCUUCUUCUGGGGGAAAUAACAUUUUUCUCUGGCUCAGGAUUGAAGAUUCCUCUUGCUCUUUCCCAAUGAUCUCAUUUUCUUAGCAGCUGCUCAACAACUGAUAUUUCGGCUAUGUUUGAUAAAUUGAAUGAUUUGCCUUCACUACUCAUGCAGCUACCAAUUUACAUAAGAGGAUUUACCACCUUUAUUUAUCUUAACUAAUGACUACUGGCUAUUAAACGUUGUGGAACACCCUGCCUCCUAGUAUUCAGUAACCUGGAAGGUGCACACAGAUCCUUUACUUUAAAUGGGGGAACUUCCGAUUACUGUAGCACUAAUGCAGAUCAACUCGCAGUUCGUCAAGUAAAAUAAAUUGCCAAGUCACCAGGAUCCCGCACAAAUGCUCACAAACUCAAAACUAAACCAUCUAAAACUUUGAGGCUCUUCCAAUCAUCUGCUCUUACUCCAGGCACAGCCAUGUUGUGUGUCCUCCUCAUUCUGUCACUCUCCUCCCCGGUGGCCCUGGUGCCUCCCCCAAGUGCUCCUCCUACCCUCUGCAAGUACUGCUGUGAUCACCUGGAGCCAGCAGAGGGCAGCGGAGCCCAGCCACCCACAAGAGGAUUCAGCCAUGUUCCAGAGGUCCGCACCUACAUCAACAUGACCAUCCUCAAAGGUGAAAAAGGAGAACGUGGCGACAGAGGAACACCAGGUAAAGCUGGACAUGAAGGGCCUCCGGGCUCCAUAGGGCCCAUGGGCUCAAAAGGCACCAAGGGCCAGGCGGGUCUUCCAGGAGAACCCUGCAAAGUCCAAUACUCUGCCUUCUCUGUUGGCCGUCGCAAAUCCCUCCACAGCCUGGAGUCUUACCAAGCGCUGGUGUUUGACACUGUCUUUGUCAACCUUGACAGCCACUUCGACAUGUUCAAGGGGAAGUUCCUCUGUCACAUCCCGGGAAUCUACUUCUUCAACGUCAACAUUCACACGUGGAACUUCAAGGAGACAUAUCUACACAUCAUGCAGAAUGAGAAAGAGCAGGCCAUCGUGUAUGCCCAGCCCAGUGACCGCUCCAUCAUGCAGAGUCAGAGCCUGAUGCUGGAGCUGGAGCUGAACGACGAGGUGUGGGUCCGACUGUACAAGAGGGAGAGGGAGAAUGCGAUUUACAGUGAUGAUGUAGAUGUCUAUAUCACUUUCAGUGGAUACCUCAUCAAAUCUAGCGUGGAGGAAAAAUGAAUAAGAUACCUCUUUGAGAGAAUGGGGAGUAGACUGAAUACAUAGUUCCCCUAAGUGGGAAAGUGGCAGAAUUUUGAAACUAUAUAUAGUGGAUUCAUUCUCUUUAUACUGGUUAGAUGUCAUAACAACAAAAAAAGAAGUCUCCCGUCAUUAAAGGAAUAAUUCAAUAUUUUGGAAACCACAGUCAUUCACCUCUCUUGGCAAAAGUUAGAUGAGAAGAUUGAAUCAACUCACACCCCUGUACGGUAAAUAAUAAGCUAGCAGCUGGUUAGUUUAGCUUAGCACAAAGACUGGAAACAGGUGGAAACAGCUAGCCUGGCUCUGUCCAAGGGUAACAAAAUCCACCUACCAGAACCUUUAAAGCUCACUAAUGAUCAUGUUAUAUCUUGGUUGUUUAAUGCUUACAAAACCAAAUGGUAAAAACAACAAUUCAUUAUCUUACUGGCGGGUAAUGUGCUGGAUUAUUUUUUGGUCGGGAGCAGUGAUUGGUCCUGCCCCAGAAAUACUCUGGCGCGUAACCCCUGAGUAAAACAGUAAAUUGUUGUUUUUAUGCUUUGGUUUUGUACAAAUUGAACAAACAAGACUUAACAUGUUAAUUGGUGAGAUUUGGAGGUGCUGGCUGGAUUUUGUAACCUUCAGAUACCGUUUCCCCCUGUUUCCAUUCUUUAUGCUAAAAUAAGGUAACCGGCUGCUAGUUGUAACUUUACAUUUAGCAUACAGGCAUGAGGAUGGUAUCAAUCUUCACAUCUUACUCUUAGCAAAAACAUUGAUAAGCGUAUAUUCCAAAAUGCCAAACAAGAACCACUAAUGUUCCCUUGUCAACCCAGUGUAAAACUGAAUGCAAUAAAGAUAGUAUUUUACAGAUGUUCAAUCCGACAGCGUAAUAAAAUAAUUGAUUUUAAAAGACAUAAUUUGUCAUGCAUAAUCUACAAUCUGUUUUCUUUCAGUGACAGAAUAUUAAAACUGAAAGAUUUCUGAUAUUUAUCAUUGUCACUCUUAGUGAGUGAACAGAAACAUUGGUAAUAUGAGUUUUGUAUUUGGUGCUAAAACACGGUGCUAACUGAACUUUUGCUGUGUAUGGACUAAAAUGGCAAUUUGGAGUCUAUUUGAGUUUGUGAAACUGCAGUUUCUACAGGAAGCAUAAAGUUCUCCCCCAGUAAGAUGAACUAACUCUGCUAUGAUAUGGACUGAAUGAUGUUUUACUUUAAAGUGUAAUUGAAUGAUUUGUGCUGAACAUUCCUUCUCUCCCUGCCUUUUUAUUAUAGUAUCAUGUAAAUACAAAGUGAAUGAAGGUACAUUUUAACAGUGCAUUGUACAUAUACUGUAAAGCCCAAUGUGACAUAAAGAAGUAAUAGGCCAUCUGGUGAGUCAAAAAUAUAACUGAUAUCAUUAAUAAAUAAUAUACUGUAUAAUGAAAUACAGUGAUGUCAACUGUCAAUCCACAAAUAUCUGUUAUAUUAUGAACAUUAGUACUAACAUGACUUCAAAUGCCAUUAUUAAUGUAAUAGAACACAUCAGAAUAAUUAUUAAUACCAUUAUUGAUACUCCAAAAGAACAAUAGUAAGUAUAAAUAUGAGUUACACUUUCUAACUGCGAACAAAAGAACAAAGAACAAAAACAAACAAAAGAACAAAGAAUAUGACAAUUUCUUAGUCAUUUCUGUUUGCUUCCCUUUAGUAUUUAAAAUUUAUUUUGAAGGUAGCCUAUUGACUGGACGUAUGACUAGGGUAUCAUAUCCACCUUGACUUGUCUUGCCUUGAACAUUGGAGGGUAGUAAACACUCAUGAUUAAGCUCCAUAGCAAAGGCAGAAACAGUUUUCACCAGAAAUUCUCGUGGUUGAUGCAGUCAUUACAAUAUUAUAACACUAUCGUUAAUUGUAAUGCCGUCAUUAAAAUAUUAUAAGACUGUCGUUAAUUGUAAUGCAAUCAUUACAAUAUUAUAACACUGUUGCUAAUUGUAGUAAGCACACUAAUAAUUACACUGGCAUUAAAAUUGUGUUUUAGCCCUGGACUGAAUGUAGUUCCUUACUGUGACUUGCUGGAGGGCAGUGAACACUCACUAUUUUAAAUGCUCUCAUGUCAGCCUCAGCAGUCACACU